GUAUUUGUACGACUUGUACCGUUUUCUGCUACGUUGCUGAAGUCUCGUCUGUAGGAAGAAAAAAAAACCAACACCUGAAGUGUGAGUGCGGUGAAAGGCUAAUCCGUGUGACAGUAGAUAAAAACGUGGAAUAGUUAAAGUUAGCGACCAUCUGAACAUCUAAUUUUCCAGGAAAACUGUUUUUCCUAAGCUGUAUCAGACCGGAAAAUCACUUUUAAACGAGACAACAAAAAUGGACACCUCCCUAACAGCAAAGCAGAUCCGGAAUGCAUUCCUGGACUUCUUCAAGGAAAAGGAACACCUCUACGUGCACUCGUCGUCGACAAUCCCGAUGGAUGAUCCGACGCUGCUGUUCGCCAAUGCAGGAAUGAACCAGUUCAAGCCGAUUUUCCUCGGCACAGUCGAUCCUAACAGCGACAUGGCCAAGUGGGUCCGUACGGCCAAUACGCAGAAAUGCAUCCGCGCCGGCGGUAAGCAUAAUGAUUUGGACGACGUUGGAAAGGAUGUUUACCAUCAUACAUUUUUCGAGAUGCUGGGAAAUUGGUCCUUUGGAGAUUACUUCAAGAAGGAAAUCUGCACCUGGGCUUGGGAACUGUUGACCGAUAGGUUGGGGCUGCCCAAGGAACGGCUUUAUGUGACGUACUUUGGAGGACAUCCGGAAGCUGGUUUGGACCCUGAUUUGGAAUGUCGUCAAAUUUGGCUGAACCUGGGGGUCAAGGAAGAGCACAUCCUCCCGGGAAGCAUGAAAGACAACUUUUGGGAAAUGGGAGAAACUGGUCCGUGUGGUCCAUGCUCGGAGUUGCAUUUCGAUCGCAUUGGAGAUCGCAGCGUUCCGGAGUUGGUUAAUAUGGAUGAUCCGGACGUUUUGGAGAUAUGGAACUUGGUGUUUAUUCAAUUCAACCGGGAACAAGAUGGUAGUUUGAAGUUGCUGCCGAAGAAACACAUUGAUUGUGGUAUGGGCUUUGAACGCCUCGUAUCGGUGAUUCAGGACAAGCGAUCUAACUACGAUACCGAUGUGUUUGUGCCAUUGUUUGAAGCUAUCCAGAAGGGAACUGGAGCUCCGAAUUAUCAGGGACGUGUUGGUGCAGAUGAUGUUGAUGGUGUUGAUAUGGCUUAUCGAGUUCUUGCUGAUCACGCCCGUACAAUUACUAUCGCUUUGGCUGACGGUGGAUUUCCGGAUAAUACCGGACGUGGAUACGUUUUGCGAAGAAUCCUCCGUCGUGCUGUUCGAUAUGCCACUGAAAAACUUAACGCCAAGCCUGGAUUUUUUGCUACUUUGGUUGACACGGUCGUCUUCUUGCUCGGAGAUACCUUCCCGGAGGUGAAAAAAGAUCCUCAGCAUAUCAAAAAUAUCAUUAACGAAGAAGAACAACAGUUCUUGAAAACACUGACUCGUGGACGAAACCUUUUAAAUCGCACAAUUGCCAAACUAGGAGAUAGUAAAGUCAUUCCCGGUGAUGUUGCUUGGCGGUUGUACGAUACUUAUGGAUUCCCGAUUGAUUUGACCCAAUUGAUGGCAGAGGAGAAAAGCAUGAGCAUUGACAUGGAAGGUUAUGAGAAGGCCAAACAUGAAUCGUACAUCCUGUCCCAGGGUAAGGAAAAAUCUAAGGCUGCCACCGUUGAUCUGGAUGUGCAUGCCAUCUCCGAACUGAAAGAGAAAAAUGUCCCUACGACUGACGAUUCCUACAAGUACCGCUAUAAGGCCGAAACCGAUCCCAUGGCCGAAUACAAGUUUGAACCGUGCAACGGAAAAGUCUUGGCGUUGAGAUACAACAACUCCUUUGUUGAUGAAGUUCAAGCCGGCCAGGAGUGUGCAGUGAUUUUAGAUAAGACCAACUUCUACGCCGAAAGUGGUGGACAGAUCUAUGAUCAAGGAUAUCUCGUUAAGGUUAAUGAUGAAAGUACCGAAUUUAACGUAACUUUGGUAUACAAUCGUGGAGGUUUCAUCAUCCAUAUCGGUGUUGUAGAAGGAGUUCUACGCGUUGGUGAUGAAGUCGCUUGCCAUAUGGACAGUUUGCGUCGUCAGCUAACUAUGAAGAAUCAUUCGGCAACUCACGCCCUCAACCAUUCUCUGCUCAAAGUACUCGGGCAAGACACAGAUCAGCGUGGUUCUUUAGUCGUGCCGGAGAAGCUUCGUUUUGAUUUCACUAAUAAGUCCGCCAUGACUGUGGAGCAGGUAGGCGAAGCCGAACGUCUUACUCGUGAAGUGGUUAAGAAGAAUGUUAAAAUCUACGCAAAAGAGUCCAAACUCGCUGUUGCAAAGAGCAUCAAUGGUCUGCGAUCUGUCUUCGACGAAGUUUACCCGGACCCGGUUCGUGUAAUUUCAUUUGGCGUUCCAGUCGAAAACCUGGAGGCCAAUCCAAAAGGCGAAGAAGGAGUUGAAACCUCAGUUGAGUUCUGCGGUGGCACUCACCUGCAUCAAUCUGGUCAUAUGUGGGAUUUUGUAAUAACAACCGAAGAAGCCAUCGCCAAAGGCAUUCGUCGGAUCGUCGCUCUUACUGGGCCAGAAGCUCAGAAGGCGCUCAAGAAGACAGCACUGCUUGAAAAUGAACUUAAUGUUCUGAAAGCCACCAUCGAUGCAGAUAACACGGGGAAAGACUCCAAGGAACACGUAAGAAAGAUCGUUGAACUGAACGAGGACGUGUCGCAGGCAGUCAUUCCCUAUGUUAAGAAGGACGAAAUUCGUAACGUACUCAAAUUACUGAAGAAAACGCUCGACGAUAAGGAGCGUGCUGUCAGAGCUGCUCUCUCCACGACGGUUGUUGAAAAAGCAAAGGAACUAUCCGAAGCGAACAAGGAUGCGCCGUUCCUAGUCCAUCGAAUGGAAGCCUAUAACAACACUAAGGCUCUGGACACCGCGCUGAAAGAGGUUCGUAAAAUCAACCCCGACCAGUCUGCGCUGUUUGUUUCCUCCGAUCCAGACUCGAAAAAGAUCUUCUGUUUAGCCUCAGUUCCGAAGUCCGCCGUUGAAAAGGGGCUGAAGGCCAACGAAUGGAUUUCGCACGUUUCGCCAAGCAUGGGUGGAAAAGGAGGCGGCAAGCCGGAAUCCGCCCAAGCAUCGGGCGCCAACUUCGACAAGGUGGAGGAGAUUUUAGAACUGGCCCGCCAGUUUGCUGCUUCCAAGCUGUCCUAAACUGUGGCCCCGAGAGAAACCACACCGGAAGUGCAUUUCAAUCAACAUGGAUAUCGAAUUAAGUUUAAUAAUCUGUUAUACUUAAAUUAUACAUUUUUCGAACGUUAACGAGCAAGCUUUUUUUAAAUAUACUUUGGAUAAUUAGUACACAUAGCAA